AUCUUCGGUGUGGUUGGUUUCCCAAUCAUCGAAGUUGGAGCUGCCGCACAAGCGUACGGUAUCAAAUAUGCCGGGUGUAGGAACGAACAAGCGGCGUGCUAUGCAGCACAAGCGAUGGGUUACCUGACAAGAAAUCCAGCAGUUUGUUUAGUGGUUUCCGGACCUGGUUUACUGCAUGCCAUUGGAGGGUUAGCUAAUGCUACCGUAAAUUGUUGGCCUGUAAUAUGCAUCGGCGGCUCGUCGGAUGUCGAUCAAGAGACGCGAGGGGCGUUUCAGGAAUGGCCUCAAGUCGAGUCAGCAUGGCUCAGUUGCAAGUAUGUGAGCCGACCAACUACUCUACAGGCAAUACCGUUUCAUGUUGAAAAGGCCGUAAGAGAAUGCAUGUACGGUCGUCCAGGAGCCGUUUACAUUGACAUUCCCGGUAAUCUGGUUCUCACCACUACAGAAGAGGGUAAAAUUCCGUUAGUACCGUUACCUCCACCCGUAUCACUUCCUCCAGUACAAGUUGUACGCAGUGCUGUCGAAACUAUUAAGGAAGCUCAGAAACCUCUUGUCAUCGUUGGAAAAGGAGCUGCAUGGUCAGAGCGUGGACCGACGAUGGUACAGCAGUUUCUAACCAAAAGUGGUUUGCCGUGGUUACCAACGCCAGGUGGCAAGGGAGUCUGCACCGACACUCAUCCAAAGUCCAUAAUCGCCCCAGCUCGUUCAUUUGCAUUACGCGAGUCUGAUUGUGUGGUACUAAUUGGAGCAAGACUAAAUUGGAUGUUGCAUUUUGGCCAAUCACCUCGAUUUAAUGCAGCUGUGAAAAUUGUGCAGAUUGAUAUUUCAUCGGAGGAAUUCCAUCAAAAUGUUCCGACUACGGUCGCAUUACUCGGAGACAUCGGAGAAACUCUCGACUCAGUAAGCCUGAUUUUACUCUUGAGUCGAACUUUCAGGGCUGUCGUAGAGGAGAUGGCAGCUGACCACUCAUUACCACUCAACUACUACGCUGCCUAUACACCGAUUCGUGAAUUUCUAGCAGAAAAUGAUGUGCUAGUAGUGAAUGAAGGUGCUAACACGAUGGAUAUCGGAAGAACCAUGAUGCCGUCGGUGUUACCAAGACGACGUCUCGAUGCCGGAACGUUUGGAACUAUGGGUGUGGGCCAGGGUUACGCUUUGGCUGCCGCGCUGUAUUGCCGUGAUCAUUCGCCAACCACAAAGGUCCUUGUCGUGCAAGGUGAUAGUGCCUUCGGAUUCUCUGCAAUGGAAAUCGAGACGAUUGCAAGGUACAAACUGCCUAUUGUCACCGUUGUACUAAACAACAGCGGAAUAUACCGUGGAUUGCCUCCAGAUGACAUGAAAGCGAUAGAUGGAGACCCAACACUGCAAUAUCCAGUGAUGACAUUGUCGGCCGAAUGCCGUUACGACGAACUAUGCAAAGCCUUAGGUGGAGAGGGUUACUUCGUGAGAAGCGUUCCAGAAAUCAGACAGGCGUUAUCGAUGGCAUUCAAGAAAAAAGACUGUCCAAGUUUAAUCAAUGUUAUUAUUGCUACCGAUUCGGAGAGGAAAGCUCAGGCUCAUCCAUGGCUGACACGCUCAAAAGUCUAA